UACUUUUCGCCCUUUCCUGAAAGCCUGUAUUUAAAUACUCCAAUACUAAUAGUACGAUUUUUCCCGUAACUGAUUCUUCCUUCGUCUCCUUUGGCCAAUCAAAAAACCUCGAAUUCAUAGAUUUAUCAGUCUCUAUAUAAACAGGUAAACGCUGACCUUCUACCCUCCUCUCCAAAAGAUCUGUUUUUUCUACAAAAAUUAGGGUUUGGUUUGGUUUCGGCUGGUUUUUGGCUCUCGAUUGGAGGAGACAAUGGCGUCCCAGGCGCAUCUGGACAAAAUGGCGGUUCGUCAGAACUAUCGGAACCUGUGGCACACGGAUCUCAUGAGCACUAUGCGCGCAGAUCCUGGCUAUUGCUGUUUAUCGGCCAUAUGUGCUCCCUGUAUAUCUUACAUGCUUCGCAAACGAGCUCUUUAUGGUGACAUGUCAAGGUACACAUGCUGCGGUGGCUAUAUGCCUUGCAGUGGCAGAUGUGGAGAAAGUAACUGCCCAGAAUUUUGUCUUUGCACUGAGGUUUUCCUUUGCUUUGGCAAUUCUGUUGCUUCUACUCGCUUCAUGUUGCAAGAUGAGUUCAACAUACAGACCUCCCAGUGUGACAACUGCAUUAUUGGAUUCAUGUUCUGCAUCCAACAAUUGGCCUGUAUAUUUUCCAUUGUUGCUUGCAUUACCGGAAUGGAAGAACUUCAAGAAGCUUCUCAGAUACUGUCCUGUUUCGCGGAUCUGGUUUAUUGCACGGUUUGUGCUUGUAUGCAGACGCAGCAUAAGGUUGAAAUGGACAAAAGAGAUGGCAAAUUCGGACCACAGCCCGCUAUGGCAGUUCCUCCUCCUCAACAAAUGUCGCGAAUGGAUCAGUCAGUUCCGCCAUCAGUUGGAUACCCACCGCCACCAGCAUAUGGGCAACCCUACGGCUACCCACCACCACAGAACCAAGGUUAUCCGCCAGCUGCUUAUCCUCCACCUGCAGGUGCUUAUCCUCCACAGGGCUACCCCCCUGCCGGUUACCCCCGGUGACGUUAUCGUUACUCUGGUUGGCGUGCAAACAAGACCAUACUGGAAUCAUUUUACGUUAAGUGGUACCGACAAAAGACUCCAUUUUAGAGUUAUUAGCCACUAUUUCGUUUGGGAUGUUGCGUAUGUCAUUUCCAUUAUCGAUGAUAUAUUGGCGGUGAAGCAAGACUAUAUUGUACAAUAUGUGUUCCUGUUUUCAUUGUUAAGAAUCUGUGAGUCAGUAAACCUUGUAUGAAAUCGUGUCUUGGUCUUUUA